CAUGUAAUCUUAUUUUCGGAACACCUCCAAUUACAUACAAUGAAUGCUGGGUAAUAAUAAUAGAAGAUGCAAAAUCUAUGGCUAAGGUUGUAAGAAGUUCGCGAUAUGGACCCCAAUCAGUGGAGGAAUUUUAAUACUCCAUAUGGACAGCCUCCUGGUGUGGGUUCCAGUGCUGAGCUUCCAAGACUGGAGUUAGUAACCCAACAGACUGUAUUCAGUCCAGGAUUUGGUUUACCUCAAGGACCACCAGGACUGUCGAUUCCUUCUCAUCAUGGUGCAAUGGUGGAGAAUCCCGUUCAUGGGGCAUUUGGUCUGCCAAAGGUGUCUCUACCUACAGAUUUUACUAGUGCUUCCAUGAUGAGAUCUACAAUAGGGGAGCCUUUCAGUCGCAGUAUCCCACCACAGUACACAUCGGAUGCCUUAAAGUCCAGCCAGGAGGUUGAAAGAGGCCUGUUGAAUUUAAUGAACUCCCAUCCGCUCUCUUUAGACCUCUCGGGACCACCUCCUGCUCACUCGGGGUCCACCAAUCAGUCCAUCUCUCGAAAUCCAUUGGCAGCUGAAAAUCUCAUCAAUCAUCAGCCAUUCUCAAUGAAACUACAAAACCAAGCAGAGCCUCUCAGAAUAUCUGUUCCCACGUCAAAGGUUGGUUACAGUGAGAUGAGGAGUCCCACCAGUACGCUACUGUACGGCUUAACGAGCCCUGGCUUGGAGGACCGAUCUCACUCCGAGACAGCAUUCAGUGCAUUUUCUUCAACACAAACGUCCAAGGCUGAACAGUUUAACACCUCUCAUGGCAUGAACUAUGAUCCGGUGAGCCCUGUGUCAGAUGUAGGGCAACAAAACGACGACUUUGCUCGUAUGGACUUCCAAGAUCUAACUCAAAUGGAUCCUUCUAGAAACUCAAUGAAAUUAAAUCAGAACUCUGUAAUAAUGCAGCACAUAAAUGAUCCUAAGUCUGUCUCGCGAGAUAUGGGAUCGGAUCAGAAUUCAUACAUGUCCAGCCACAACUUCAUGCAUGGCUCUCCCUCAUUUCAUGGUAACCACGGUGUUUCCAGUCCUGUUCAUCGCUCACCACACAAUGUCAGUCCCCACAUCCCUUCAAGCAGGGAGAGCCCCCAGGUACAACCCCCCUCAUCCAGUGUAUCAUCACCCAUGGUUCAGACAGCACCUGACCCCAGAACAAAAAGUAAGAAAUCUAACAUUCUCAUGCGUAGCAGAUCUGGGGAUGAAAGCUCGGUGGGUAGAAGUCAGUUACAAGACAUUCCGCAAAUAGAUUGUGUGGAUGUGCCCACAAGUAAUCAGAACUACAAUUUACCAGGGAAUUACUCUUAUUGUGCCCCAAAGAACCAUGCAGGCAGCCCCCAGAGUCUUAACUCCUUCAGUCCCCAGUCUUAUAGCCCCCACAUGCAUCAACCAAUGCAAGGAAGCUAUCAGAAUAUUCAAAAUGGUCGACAUUCAAGCUCUUCUCUAGGAAGCAACAACUCCCCUGUGAUAAAUGACUACACAUCACUGCCACAAACAGUAAUAGGAACACAGAGUUCUUCUGUUCCAUUAGUGUCUAACUCAAUGGAGAGUUCAUUGCUCAACCAUGUGAUGAAUACUACUACCAGUUCUAUGUUGUCAUCUAAUUCUCUUUAUACUAGUAGCUUGUCCUCGUCUUUGCCUGCCCCAAGUGUCUCUUCAUCAAAUCCCAUGCUUAUGUCAUCCAUGCAGAGACCAUCAGUUGUUGAUCACCAGUCAAGUGUAAAUUAUACCUCAAAUUCUGGGAAUUCAAUGAAGUUAACCAUGGGUGAUUCUUUAGAAAUGCAGGGGUUAGGAAUGGUCGGAAACAGCAGUUACCAAGCCGUGUCUACGGAAAGCAAUAUGUACACUGAUAUGGACAACUAUAGCAAUAGAUAUGAUAUGAAUGGCCCUUGUUUGGCCUAUGAGGAGAAUCAGAGGAGAACGUCUACUAUUGAUGAGGAUGCUUUGUCCAGCCUCAUUGGGAGCCACUCUGCUCCUGGUCAGUAUCCCACCCCUCAGCAACCCAUGCAGGAUCAGGGCCCAGGGCUAGAAGAGUGGAGCUCCUUAAACAAUAGAAUGCUACCCUCCUCUAAAACAGUAGCAGUCAAACCGGAGGUGGAUGAUGAAUUUGCUCACCUUCAAAAACCCCCCAGCACACCUGCAGUCAACAAACAGACCCAGAGGACUACAAGUUUAUUUCAGAACCACACACAAAACACAAAACCAUCUCCACCCCCUGUGCAAAAACCUGAAAUUAAGAAAAACCCAAACUCUGGGUUUCUAAAUUCUUUUCUAAGUUUUAUUCAAGGAAAGAAACCAGAAACCUUAUCAAGUGUAAAUACUUCGGUUGUGAAAAGACCAGAACUGCCAAAAUAUAUUCCGGAGCCACCAAGACCCAAAGCAGUGCAAAAAGACCGAAAGUUUGACAGUGAUAGUACAUCACCCAAAGCAAGCUCUGUGUACUCGCCAUCUACUUCUCAGGCAUCCACCAUAUUUUCCGAUGAGGAGGAAUCUAGCAAUACAAACCCCAGUAACAAGGUACAGGGUAUUGUACAGCAUAUCGGUGAAGAUGGGAAACCCAGUCUGAAAAUGAAAAUCAGUUUGGGAAAGGGGCGGGGCUCGGAGAGUGUCAAACACAAAACUGAACUCCAGAGAGUGACCAAAAGGAGAAACUCUAAACACACAAAGAAGAAACGCAGAGAUGGUUCAGAUGAUGCAUAUGUGAUGUCCUCUGGAAAUGAAGAUGAUUUUGAUGAAUUUUCACCUGAAUCACAGAUUUCCGAAAAACCUUCUCAUCCUGAAAAGUCUGUACCUAAAAGGCAGCUGUCUUCUCGGAAAGCCAAAGAAAAGGCGCAACAGAAGAAAAAGUAUGUUGAGUCAGACAGUGAUGAGGAGACACUGGGUCCCAUCAUACCGUUCACCAGGAAACCCCCGAGUGAAGACGAGGCAUACGACUCGGACCGAGAUCCAGACUGGGCGCCUUUUGCUGCAGAAACCAAAAAGGAACCAAGAGCAAAAGCAACCAGAGGAAGAAGGCGGAAGGGUUCCAUUAGACGAUCUAUAGAGAUGGAAAGUGAAGAUCUUGAAAUCUUAAGGAAAAGGGUAAAAGUGAUCACCUCUGUUGAGCAAAAGCCUGCCUUAACAGAGACAAAGUCUGAACCUCCAGCUCCUGGUCGUGUGUUCAGCCUCCCGGUGUUCAGGAUAGGGGAUUUUGUGAUAGCCAAAAGUGACUUAAACAAUUUUGAAUGUUUUCCAAUAUGGAGGAUAGAUCCAGGGAAAAUGAUGAAAAAGUAUGAGUUAUUUACCGACAAAGGAAAGAUCCUUCACAUGGCAACAUGCACUUACUCCAGCUGCUUGCCAAAGAUGGACCUGGAUUACAUCCCAGUCAAAGUGACGACGAUAAGGAAUGAGAGAGAUGGUCAUAUUGUGGAAGUGCAUGAAGCUGAUAGGCCAAAACCAAAACUAGAUUCCAGGUUGGAGACGGAGUAUGAGGAGGACCCACUGGCAGACAUGUUCAAUGUUUACCUCCAGAUUUUCCUGAGCUGUGCCUUAGAACCUGGAUUCCUGAUGGCAAUUUUGGACUCCAAAGAGGAAUUUUAUCUGGGACCUUUGAACAGUAUUGAUGACUUGAUUGACAAGAAGUUAAUUGAAAUUGAUGCAAAAGUCCAGUGGAAACAAAAAUUCAAGGAAGCUUUACAAUCCAAACCUCACAUCAGAGAACUGGAUCGGGCAGACCUUAAGCUAUCAUGCCAGGCAUGUCGGUUUGCGAGUGAGCCCGCCUUAAAGUCUGUUCACUUGUUCGGACAAUCUUACGACCACAAAACCCUGGUAGAGAACAAGGCCUCACUUGUAGAUGGCAGCAUGGUAAGAGGAACACCUCAAGAAGAUUUCUUUGAGUUCCUGAUUGGAAAGACAGCCUCCCUGUAUGUCAUGCCCUACCACAGUCUGUAUCAUUUCAAGUACAACUUGUCCAAAAGAUGUCAAGCCAAGGUAGACCUUUUAAAACAAGCAAACAGUAGGUUGGCAAAUCCUGAGAUUCUUGACAAGUGUCUCAACAACAGGGUGUGGGUGCUCAAGAUUUUUGACGAUCUGAAAACUUUGCUGGAGAAAGGAUGAUCUUUGUAGUGAGGGAUGAGGGCAUCAAAGGCCACCUGUUAACAGUCAGAGUCAGUCUAGUCAGCUCAAUCUACCAAUUAUAGGGACCAGAUUCGCAUCAUUCUCUUCAUGCAAGGAAACAUGCACAUGUACUUAUCACCAAAGCUUAAAGGACCCAAAUUGUAAAAUCAAGGCUCAUCUUAAGUGUUUAUUUUUAUUCAUAUUUUUGUUCCUGGUUUGUGAGGAUUGGAGAGUGUAACUGAUGUUAACCAAUUAUGGUGCCAUAUGUUUCAGUCUACAUACAUUUAUAAAGAGUGUAAUAGGCAUAUCACAAUCUUAGUUUGGGAUACUAGGCUUUAAUCAGUUGCAGUUCAUGUUGAUCUGAUAUUUGUUACUAUUGAAACACUGCCUGAACUGGAAGAACUUUUCAGUUUGGAAAACAUCACAUUAUUGAAGGAAAUGAUAGGCAUCACAGUGUAACUUGCUCCCAUGAGCUAAGUAUGCUCCCCUACAGUUUUUGUAAAUAUACAACAACAGUAUUCAAGUACCAAAAAAAAGUUUAAAGGUUAGAAAGUGACAUUGGUACAUGUAUGGAGUUUCACAAACAUGCAUGUUUCAAUACAUUAAUUCUUUUCUGUUAGAACAUCACUAUAGCAUGCCAAAUAAGUCUUAUAGUUUCAAUGACAACUUGAAGAGUUUGUUCUUAUCAGUGUAUGAAUUAACAGCUUAGAAUCUUGAAAACUUCAGAUUUUGUUCCAAACAAUGUGCAUGCUUUUGGGGUUUGAAUCAAGACUGUAGUUGUGGUGAGCAGUGGACCACUGUAGUGGUAGUGCUUUAAAGGCUGAUGUUAUAUGUUGUUGCGAGUCAGCAUAAUGCGUAUGAUGAAAUUUUGUGAUAUUCUGUACUAUGUAAGUUUUAAACUGUGACUUAGACUCAAAACUAAUGCUGAUUGUCAUUGUUAAGGGGUUUUAUACUGUGUACUGUGAGGUAUGUCGUGUCAACUAUUAUUUAUGUUUUUUUUUUUUUAAAGAUUAUUUUAAGCUGAUACUGUUAAUUUUAAGAAAUGUUACUUUUAUAUGAUAAGUAUAUAUGUUUUGAAAGUGAUAGCAUUUAUUUUAAAUGCUGAUCAGAAAUGAUUAAACAAAUCAAUGAUGCAA